ACAGCAUUCAGAGAGAGGUCAGAGGUCAACUCAACGCCCAGCGCCAAUCCAAAAGCCGACGCUAACGAGGAACCCAACCUCAGCCAGAUCCCCACAGAUCCACCCGACGCUUUCAUCCCACAGGCCGACCCAGCAAACAUGGCCGACCCGGCUGCUGACGACAGCAAGUACCUUUUCCUGGAAAACGACUUCCGCAACAGCGGGGUGGCCCAGGCCGACUGGGCGGCCAAGAAGAUGGUGUGGGUCCCCUCCGAGAGGGAAGGAUUCGAGGCGGCCAGCGUCCGGGAGGAGAAGGGCGACGAGGUGCUGGUGGAGCUCUCCAACGGCCAAAAGGUGACGGUCAAUAAAGACGACAUCCAGAAGAUGAACCCGCCCAAAUUCAGCAAAGUGGAGGACAUGGCCGCCCUCACGUUCCUCAACGAAGCCUCAGUCCUGCAAAACCUGCGGGAGAGAUAUUUCUCCAGCCUGAUUUAUACGUACUCGGGUCUGUUCUGCGUGGUGGUGAACCCCUACAAGAUGCUGCCCAUCUACUCGGAGAAGAUCAUCGAGAUGUACAAGGGCAAGAAGCGCCACGAGGUGCCGCCGCACAUCUACUCCAUCACAGACAACGCCUACAGGAACAUGCUGCAGGGUAACCACAACCAGAGAUGUGUAAAGUACUGGAGUAGAGGAGUGGAGUAG